AUGUCCAACUACAAUAUAUAUGUGACGAAUAACAGCGGAUCUGUUCAAUCAUAUUAUGUGGUUUGUGAUUUUCUCAAGAUAACGAAUCCUUCCGCUACAGCGCUCAAGUCCUACAGUGUCAUUUAUAUUGCUAGUGUUCCCAUUCAAGGAGAUGGCUCGACGUAUACAUUCACAUUCGGGUACGAUAUAUUCGCUUGCUGCGGAUACCAACAGCUCCAAGGUGGGAUGAUCGUAUCCACCAUCGACAACGCCCCCAUGGAUCUCAACGGUGUUCAGAACAAUAUCGCCAAUAUGGUCAUCAACAACGGUGGACCUGGCUUUGCAGUAAGCUCACCAGGUGCUGAGGCUGGCACCUUUGAGAUCAUUGUGCCAGAUUACGACUCGACGAAAUAUCGUAAGUCACUGAAUAACAAGUUCAUUCGAUUGCGUCUUCAAAGGUACCUAAAUUAA